ACGCCAAAACGCAUAUAAUCUGUGACGUAGUGCGCAGGAUUGUCGACGUUGCUGCCACAGUUCAAGAUGGCGGAGUAUCUGGCAUCCAUUUUCGGUACAGAGAAAGACAAGGUCAAUUGUUCUUUCUACUUUAAAAUUGGGGCAUGUCGUCACGGAGACCGGUGUUCCAGGUUGCACAAUAAGCCUACUUUCAGCCAGACUAUUGCCCUCUUGAACAUUUACCGUAACCCUCAAAACACUGCCCAGUCUGCUGAUGGUUUGCGCUGUGCUGUCAGCGAUGUGGAGAUGCAGGAGCACUACGAUGAGUUCUUUGAGGAAGUCUUCACAGAGAUGGAGGAGAAGUACGGAGAGGUGGAGGAGAUGAAUGUAUGUGAUAACCUGGGGGAUCACCUGGUUGGAAAUGUGUAUGUGAAGUUUCGCCGUGAGGAAGACGCAGAAAAGGCGGUCAUGGACCUGAACAACCGGUGGUUCAACGGUCAGCCCAUCCAUGCAGAGCUCUCUCCGGUUACUGACUUCAGGGAGGCCUGCUGUCGCCAGUACGAAAUGGGGGAGUGCACUCGAGGUGGUUUCUGUAACUUUAUGCAUCUGAAGCCCAUCUCUCGUGAGCUGCGCAGGGAGUUGUAUGGUCGUCGUCGGAAAAGGCAUCGUUCCCGCUCACGGUCUCGAGAACGACGUUCCCGUUCCCGGGACCGGGGCAGAGGCGGCGGUGGCGGCGGCGGCGGCGGCGGUGGCCGGGAUCGUGAGAGGCGGAGGUCGAGGGACCGCGAGCGCUCUGGACGAUUCUGAGUGGAUACCCAAAUUUUCCCGCCUCCUCCCCUCCUGCAUAGAAUUGUCUCCCAAUGACCAAAAUGUGAUUGAAAUGUGACCUUUUUUUUUUUUAUUACUUUUUUUUUUUUUUAAGAAAAGAACUUAAAAA